AUGACAGGAUCGUCUUCCAGCAACAAAAAACAACAUUCUACAAAUAAGAAGAAGCAAAAAGCGACACCAAUUGCUUCUGCAUCUAUCAACGAAAAUAACAUUUUAGAUUUAUCUUCUGUGAAACGAUAUGUUCCGAAAUCCAUUCCAACCUCUCUUUCCGAAAGUACGCUGAAAACUCCAAAAUCAGUGUUGUGUAUCAUUCCUCCCGAAGAGGUUUGGGAGCCCAUUCAAGCUAUUAGAAAUAAGUAUGCAAACGUUGAACGAUGGCCUCAACCUCACAUCUGUAUCCUUUAUCCAUUCAUUCCAAAAGAAUUUUAUGACGAAGGACUCGACAUUCUGAGGCCAAUUCUCUCAAAAAUCAAAUCAUUUCAAAUCACCCUGUCUCAAUUCCAUUACUUUGACACGAUUCAACAUUUAACAGACGACGGGUUGGGAACCAUCCAUUUAGAACCAGAUCAAUACGCAAUUGAACAAUUAAGAGAAUUACAACAAGCAGUCAUGAAACCAUUUCCUUAUUGCAAUGCAUUGGUGAGAAAAGGUCGUUUUAAUCCUCAUUUAAGUGUAGGAGUUUUUGAAAGUGGCAAAUUGAAAGAUUUUAUGAAAGAUUUUCAAGAUAGUUGGAAGAGUGUGAGUUUUAUGGUGAAGGAAAUUUGUAUCAUGAAUCGAGGAGAAGAUAAUGUUUCACCUUUUGAAAUUAUUCAUCGAAUUCCAUUAGCAGAAUAA